AUGAAUGGCCAGGGCCCCUCUAAGGAGAACUCCCGAGCUGAGGCCCCUACAUCAAAUAGGUUGACACACAUGGGAAAAGACAGCACCGGAGCCUCUCAGCCAACUCUACCAGGCAAGAAGCCCACAACGCCCGAUUUUGAGGCUGCAUUUGCCGGUUUAGAGCUUGCUCCCGCGAAGGAAGCGGACGAUGAUGACGAAGACGAUGAUGACGACGACGACGACGACGACUUCGAAUCUCCCUUCAACAAGGAUUCCUCGAACUUCGACAUGACAUUCGACUCACCGGGCUUACCAUCUAAGUCCAGCACAAUCGCCAAUGCCACCACAGGCGCAAGUUCCGGCAACAACACAACGAACGCCGAUUUUUUCACCUUCGACAACAACCAGCAACAACAACUACAACAAUCAAGUCUAUCAGCGCCCGCUGCCGGAACCGCCCCGCAGGACUGGGACGCGCUCUUCUCCGUCCUAGACAGCUCAAAAGUUGCUAAAUCUCCUAAAGAAACAAACAAGCCCACCUCGUCCGAAGGAGGACAGCCAUCAUCCGAUUCUGCAGCCCUAUCCUCCUUCCCACAACCUCCAGGCAAGGAAGCCAAGCCGCCCGGAUGGGCGCUGAGUGCUGAUACAGGCGAGGAUGAUAUGAUAUUACAGCGGUUAACGGGGAUGGGGUAUCCGCGGGACGAGUCGUUGGCGGCGCUGGAGAAGUUUGACUAUAAUCUUGAUAAGGCGGCCGAUUUCCUCGCGUCGAAGUCAUAA